CCUCUGUUAUUUUUCCAUCCCCUUCCUUCUCCUUCCCUCCGCAAUCGAGGAGCGGCUCUCGUCGCCGAAUCGAAGGAUUUUUCUUCCCUCCAUGGCUAUUUCUCAAGCAAGUCUCCUCCUUCAAAAGCAACUUAAAGAUCUCUGCAAGAACCCCGUUGAUGGGUUCUCCGCCGGUCUGGUCGAUGAGAGCAAUAUAUUUGAGUGGAGUGUCACGAUUAUCGGACCCCCUGAUACGCUUUACGAGGGAGGUUUCUUUAAUGCCAUUAUGAGUUUUCCAUCAAAUUAUCCAAAUAGUCCUCCGUCCGUGAAGUUUACUUCUGAGAUUUGGCAUCCUAAUGUUUAUCCUGAUGGGCGUGUAUGUAUUUCAAUCCUUCAUCCUCCUGGUGAUGAUCCUAAUGGCUAUGAGCUUGCUAGUGAGCGUUGGACCCCUGUUCAUACGGUUGAAAGCAUAGUUUUGAGUAUUAUAUCAAUGCUAUCAAGCCCGAACGAUGAAUCACCUGCAAAUGUUGAAGCUGCUAAGGAAUGGAGGGAUAGGAGGGAAGAUUUCAAGAAAAAGGUAAGCCGCUGCGUGAGGAAAUCACAGGAAAUGUUAUGAGGCAGCCGCUGCAGGCCAGUGCUUGCUUUUUGUGGCAGUGGGUGUUUAAAUUUUUACCUUUACUAAGGGACUUACUUCACAUGUUCACAUGGUGCCAGUGGGUCUUGUAAGAACGUCAAUGGAGCUCUGUCACCCAUAUAUUUUAUUCUGUCGUUUUUUUUUUCUUUUCUUUUUUCUUUUUCCUUUCUUUUCUUGGUUAUAAUUUUUUCUUUUUUUGUUCUCUCAUUUUAAAAGUAACUCAGUAGGAUUAUUUGUAUAACAAAGCAUUUUGUUUAAUGCUUUUCGUUUGUUAAAAGAAAAAAAAAGGGGAACAUUGUCUGUUUGGUGACCGAAUCAGCUUUUCGAUAUCGAUGGCACCCUAUACUAAGCCUCCCUUGAGAAGAUAAAAAGUCCUCUUGCGGGCAAAGUUUCCGAGUCACUGGUAAGAUUUUGUCGUUUAUUCUGUUGGCUUGGGUGGUUGGUUAUGGUUGAAGAUUGAUUUCCAAAUGUAAUAAUAAUGAAAAAUCCUAGUGUGAGUAGACACGUCAUUGUUUCAACUUUUAAUUAUUUUAGUCAGGGCCUGGGGAUGGAAUUUGAAUUUUCUAAUGAUUUCUUUUAACAUUU